CCUUGCCCACGGAGUAAAGCGACCCUUCACCUGGACUUUCUUGUGCCGCAUCAGCAACGAGCAAAGGCUCUCGAAUAUCUUCGCCGCGGCUGCAGUCCAAGAGCAUCCCCUGUUCCAUUUCCAACGACUUCUGUGAGAGCUGUGGUUCUUUGCUAGCAGCCGCAGUCCGCUCGUCUCAGGACUAUACUCUGAUCGUUUCCAAUAUCCUUUUCAUUGAGCUCGCGACACCAAAGAUCGAACAUACCUUCCCUUCGCAUGUCAGUGAAUCCUAAAUCCUCCGUCAAGCAGAACGCCCCAGCUCGUACUGCCGUGGCACCUCCACCUCCACCCGUUCCUGUCGAGACAAACACGUCUGCAAAGAAGAAGAAGAGAAAAAAGGAUAAAGCUAGGGGCGAUGCCUCAGCUGAUGAGGAUGAUGAUGAUGAGCCACCACCACUUGAACCGAACCCUCCCAGGGCAACUGGGCUGAGCCCAGAACUCGCUGCUGCCCACCUGUCAACAAACUCUCCUUCAGAAAGUCCUGUCUCAGCAACUCGCGAAGCUUCACAGCCGAAGACCAAUGAGCCUUAUAAUCCUUUACUAGAAGCAGCAGCCCAGAUCCCUGCCAACGAGCUCUCCAAAGCACAGACAAUGUACGCUAUAGCUCAGCAGAUGAUACGCACUGGUGGAAAGGGUGCCUCAAAGGGGUUACCAGGAAGCUAUCCUCUGGAAAAUGCCCCUUUCGAUUCUGCUGUCCUAUCCGAUCCUGCCAUACGGCGUUCGCUGGAAGCCGCUUUUAAUACUGCCAAUUCAAAUGGUGACCAAGUUUACGACAAUGGCGAGUUCUAUACGGAGGAUGAGGGCGACGAGGACCCUCGCUACCAGGUCGAAGUUGAGGUGCAUCGUGAUGGAAUAGAAACUUCACCUGCUGAACCACAGCAGAAAUUGCCGCCUCAGCAGCUCGUACCUGAGCAGAAGCCCGUUGGAAAGAAGAAUAAGAAGAAGAAAAAGAACGCCAACACGCCUCCACAACCGUCUACGCCUGAACCGGUCAAAGCUCGAGUGAAUCCCAUUCCUGGGUCCCGUGCCGCUGGUAAGCUACCAAUGUCGUACACCACAUCGAAUCCUCCAUCCCAGAACCCCCCACUCGCGCCUCCGAGUAAGAAUUCCAGGCUUGCCUCCAGGGCUCCGACAGCCAACAAUUACACUACUGCGAGGGGUCGUCAGGUUCCUGUGAUGACAAAUGUGUCAGGUCGCGGAAAGCGUUCUAUCGGCAGCAACAAGCAGAAUUCCAACAAUAUCUGGCCUACCAAUUCACCUGAAGAGAGGGAAAGAAUCAAGGAGUUCUGGCUAAAGUUGGGGGAGCGGGAGAGGCGAGACCUUGUAAAAGUCGAGAAAGAAGCUGUUUUGAAGAAGAUGAAAGAGCAGCAAAGGCAUGGGUGUAGUUGUGCCGUCUGCGGGAGAAAGCGCAACGCGAUCGAGCAAGAGCUUGAGGUUCUAUACGAGGCUUAUUAUGAAGAUCUUGAGCAUUAUGCAAACCUGCAGCAGCAAGCUGCUUCGCGGGGGUUACCACCACCUGGUCCAGGGCCAUUUCCAGGCAGCGUUGCCCUGGAUAAGAAUGGCCAAGUAAUUAGCGCCCCCACUCCACAGCCGAAGCAACUUUCGAAUACCCGGAGGGGUCAACAGCCCAAUGGUGUCCGAAAGGGGCAAAGACGGACAUUGGAUGAAGAUGAAUAUGAUGAGGAUGAGGAUGACUACGACGACGAAGAUUAUGACGAUGAGGAUGAAAUGGACGAUGAAGAUGACAUCGACUAUGAAGAUUACAACGGCAAAGGCCGACGAAAGACCGAGUCCAAAAUGUUCUCGUUCAAUUCACAAUUUACUGCCGCAGGUCCAGGUAACAUCCUCACAGUGGCAGAUGACUUGUUGAAGAAUGACGGACAGAAAUUUUUGGAAAUGAUGGAACAGCUAGCAGAGCGUCGGAUGCAACGCGAAGGUGAGGCUGUUGCUUCUAUUGAAGAUGACAGUGAGGAUGAAGACGAAGACGAGGAUGAUGGUGACGAGGAUGAGGAGGAGGAGGAUGAUUCCGAAGAGGACCGCAUCAUGACUGAGGAGCAGAAGAUGCAAGAGGGGAAGCGAAUGUUUUCCGUUUUUGCUGCUAGGAUGUUUGAACAGCGCGUCCUGCAAGCGUACCGUGAGCGGUUAGCUUGGGAACAGAAGCAGCAAAUCCUCGAGGAAUUGCGACAGGCUGCUGAAAAGAGGGCCAAACAGGAAGCGGAGGCUGAAAAGAAAAGAGAGAAGAAAAGGUGGAUUGUUUAG